UGGGUGAAAUAUCUUGGUUAUUAGCUAAUGGCGUACUCUGUUUGGGCAAAAACGAGUCAUUUAGCCCCAAGUGUUGUGAUGAGAGCCCGUUUGGGAGAAACAACAACUCGUUACGUCGACGUACGUCAUUCUACCUCAAAGUUACGGCAGUCAGAAAACGAUAGAGUACGCGGUAAAGCAAUUCAUGACAUCAAUUUGCAACUUGUUUGCAAGCAAAUCCGCGCUUACCGCUUUUCGUUUUGUUGAGUGGGCGUCUGCGUGGGCUCACACAUGAUUGGCAAGAAACGAAGAGCACGGCGAAGGGGUGAGUAGUACGGGAAUUGGUCGAGGCUUUGUGACUAUAAAAGUGACCCCAGAAGCACAACCGACAUACAGUUGGAUGGUGAUGAUCACAAUGAUUCCGAAUCGACUAAUCGGGAUUUUGCUGCCAUUGUUAAUGUUUGUCACACACGUCGCUUCGCGUGGAGUGAAAGGUGACCGCAGUGAAGACAGCGUGACGGUUGCACAAAUCAAUGUGCAAGUUUCUCUUGGAGGGAAUAGUACAUCAAAUGGUUUGAUGUCGAGAAAAAUGGUGGGAAUGAAAGGAGAGAAAGGAGACCGUGGGAAAGCAGGUCCGCCUGGAAGACCAGCACCAGAGAACAAAUGCAGCUGCAACUGCUGUUCGCGUCUAGUAGAAAUUGAAGAAAAACUAUCAAAUCUGACUGAAGUGGUCAAUCAGUUACAGUCACAAAACAGAGACAAAAAAAGAAGUUACACAAGUUGUCAAGAGGCUCAACAGUUAGGCAAACUAGUAAGCGGCGUGUACACUUUGGAUCUUGGAGAUGGAUUGGAUUCGUUUCAAGUGUACUGUGAUAUGUCGACAGACGGUGGCGGCUGGACAGUUUUUCAGAGACGCCAGGACGGUUCUGUUGACUUCUACCGCGGAUGGUCUGACUACAAAAACGGAUUUGGAGACUUAACCGGAGAAUUCUGGUUGGGAUUAGACAAAAUACACAGAUUGACAAAACAGGCACAGAUUCUUCGUGUAGAUCUAAUGGAUUUCAGUGGCCGUCAAGCACAUGCUGACUACAGAAGGUUUCAGGUAAGUGAUGAGUCGAAUAAAUACUCUUUGACCUUCACAUCAUACAGUGGAAACGCCAGCGAUUCAUUAUCUUAUCACAAUGGGAUGGCCUUUACGACUAAAGACAACGACAACGACAAGGGCGGUGCCAACUGCGCCAAAACCUUUAAGGGAGCUUGGUGGUACCACAGUUGUUAUGUUUCUAGCUUGAAUGGUCUCUACUGGAAACAUGAAAGGUCUACUAACGCCCAGGGAAUCGUUUGGCAAAAAUGGCAGAGCAACAUUUCUCUCAAAUUUACAGAAAUGAAGUUGCGUGUUAGUUCGUAAAUGACAUCUGCUACUACUUACAAAGCGUUUACGCUGACUCAGUACAUUGAUUUUAGCACAAAACGCACGAUACUGUAAAUUGAGUUGCAACAGCUCCAGAUAUAAUAAAGC